UCUCCCUUCAUAAGAUGGCGCCCCACUCCUCCCGUGUCUGCCUGAGCUAGCAUGGCUGAGCCGGAGCUCCGCUGGUGAUGAGAGAGGAGGUGCCCGUGGUCACCCUGGAAGCGCGCAACAAGUCAAGAAAGAGCUUGGAAAUUUGGCCGCAGGCUUUGGAUGCGUUGCGACGGUCUGGAGCAGUUGAGGAGGUUCGGCGAGGCGAAAGUGUUAAGAGGUUCCAUAAUAAGGAGUGUGAGAUCGAUGUCUUGAACACUAUUCGAGAAGUAUUGGGGCGUUAGAGACCUGGAUAACCUUUAAAGACUCUGCAGGGUUUUUUUUUGUGCGUGUGUGUUAGGUUCCAUCCGAACUGCGUCAAGUCCCAGAGGAGGUGUCGGAGAUGUUGGUAGAAGCUGGUGGACCUAACGGUGCUGGCAAAGUAGCGAGACGUUGGGGAGCCCGUUGAUGUUGAUGGGUGACCUGGUCGUGUUCCAAUACCAGCAGGCAACCCGCGUUGGGAGGACCUCAUGCUUCCGAAAAACCUGAACGUUCCGGAGGUGAGGACUCUUUGCUGGCGCCUCGCGUCGCCUUUAACGUCUCCUUUUACGCCUUCAUCGUCACGACGACAGCCGAGGAUGCACAGGCCGCCCCGGCCAGCGCAGUCAUGAGCGGCCGCAAUUCCAAGCAGAAGACUCUCUUCCAGAGCUGGGGGGGCAGGCUGGGCAGUGCGGACGGUGCAGUGGGAACGUCGUCGUCGUCUCAAGGAAGGUCAUCGUCAGUAAAACCAUGGACUUCCAAGCGAGGAGCUGGGGUCAGGCGAGGAGCCGUGGGCUCCGGGAGGCAUGCGGGACACUGGGCUAGUGCAAGCUCUGGUCGGGGGCCGUCGUUAUGGACCGGUCCUGAAACCAAAGAGGGUCAGCAGACCUCGUUCAGGCAGCAGGUCGACUUUGGUGGCUACGUUGGCGACGAUGAUGACGACGACGACGUGUUGAUGGUGGCCGCGGCUGAGGUCGAGGCGGCGUCUGGGAGAGACGUCAAGGGACACCAGGAGGUGGAACACCUGGCCGGAUUUGACGUGAGCUCCGGUGACAUCUGGAUCUACCCGACAAAUUUCCCGGUGCGCGAAUAUCAAUACAGCAUCGUUCAGACGGCGCUCUUCAACAACACGAUGGUGUGCUUGCCCACCGGCCUGGGCAAGACGUUCAUCGCCGCCGUGGUGAUGUACAACUUCUACCGGUGGUACCCGUCCGGCAAGAUCCUCUUCAUGGCUCCCACCAAACCGCUGGUAGCACAGCAGAUGGAGGCGUGUCACAACGUGAUGGGCAUCUCGCAGGAGCACAUGGCGGAGAUGACGGGCAGCACCAUGGCUUCAGACCGCCAGGCCAUCUGGGCGAGGAAACGGCUCUUCUUCUUGACUCCGCACGUAAUGAAGAACGACCUCUGCAGUGAAGCUUGCCCUGCGGCGGCCGUCAAGUGCUUGGUCGUCGAUGAAGCCCACAAAGCGAUGGGAAACUACUCCUAUUGCCAGGUGGUGAAGCAGCUCGUUGGUUACUCACGCCAGUUCCGCGUCCUUGCUCUGAGCGCGACGCCUGGCAAUGAUCGGCAGUCUGUUCAGCAGGUUCUAAACAACCUCUUGAUCUCACGUGUGGAGCUGCGCUCUGAGGACUCCCCCGACAUCCUGCCCUACUCGCACGAACGCGUCGUCGAGAAGAUCGUGGUCGAGCUGGACGAGGAGCUGUCAGCCAUCAGGGUGCAGUAUCUCAAGGUACUGGAGGUCUUCAUGGGCAGGCUUUCUCGGAUCGGAGCUAUGACACGUGGGGACGUGGCUUCCAUAUCCAAGUACCAGGUGCUGCUAGCGCGCGACCACUUCCGUAAGAACCCGCCGGCGCAUUUCCCGGGGUCGAGGAUGGGUGCGGUGGAAGGUGACUUUGCGUUGUGCGUGAGCCUCUACCACGGCUUCGAGCUCCUGUUGCAUAUGGGCUCGCGUUCCCUGCUGCUCUUCCUCAAGAGCAUUUUGGACGGGGGCAAAGAGAAGACGCGCGCUCGCAACGAGCUGAGCCGGAACCCCGACUUCAUGCAGCUCUACCAGCGCCUGGACGAGAUGUUUCGUCAAGCUGGCUCCACUCCGUUAAACACGAGCAGCAUCCUGCAGCCCACCCAGGCCUCAGUGCUCGCUGAGCGAGUUGUGGAGCCGAGGCCCUUUGUCUACAGCCACCCCAAGCUGCGGAAGCUCGAGGAGGUUGUGCUGCAGCACUUCCAGCAGUGGCGGCAGCAGCAGCAGAAGAUGGCGGUGACGGCGGCAGCGAGCGAUGGAGGAACGGAGGGCAGCACCGCUGUGACGGACACUCGCGUCAUGAUCUUCUCGUCGUUCCGCGACAGCGUGCAGGAGAUCGCCGAGAUGCUGAGCCGCCACCACCCGCUGGUGCGCGCCAUGAUGUUCGUAGGGCAGUCGUCAUCCAGCGGCAAGGCAACGCGCGGCUUCACGCAGAAGGAGCAGGUCCAGGUCGUGAAGCGCUUCCGCCACGGCGGCUACAAUACACUGGUGGCGACGUGCGUGGGCGAGGAGGGGCUGGACAUCGGCGAGGUGGACCUCAUCGUUUGCUUCGACGCGCAGAAGAGCCCUGUGCGCCUCGUGCAGCGCAUGGGCCGCACGGGGCGGCGCCGGCACGGGCGCAUCGUCGUCAUCUUGGCGCACGGACGCGAGGAGAGGAUGUACAACCAGUGCCAGUCGAGCAGGAAGAGCAUCUACAAGGCGAUUGAGGGAGCGAGCACCUCCUUUCAGCUCUACCCCUACAACCCGCGCAUGGUGCCCGCCGGCCUUUCCCCAGCGCCGCACCGCAUGCACCUGCACGUACCAAAGUUCGAUGGUCAGACGAAGGGCAAGGGUCGCCUAAGCCGGACGGUCGCAGAGGCAUCGACCACACUCGCAUCGCUGGGCAGGAAGCAGCCAUGCAGAAGUGAGGGGCUGCUCACGCGGGAUGAGCAGGACGACUGGGAGCGGCGCGUGCGCCCGCACCACGGGGAGAAGACGCCCGUCCUCGCCCUGGCGCCCUUCGUGUGUCUCCCUGACCCCGAGCGGACCGCGGCGGCGGAGCGGCGCGCCGGGGAUGACCACGUGUGGGAGUUGUCCCUGUGCAACUACGUGCCCUGGCAGACCAAGGUGCAGGAAACGUAUGCGCUGGAGCACUCGGAGGCGGCGUGCCUGCCCUUCAUCAGGCUCAUGACGCUGGUCGACAAACUCAAGUACUGCGAGGAUGAGGAGUAUGGCUUCGAGGCGGUGUCUCACUUGGACCGGCAGGACGUGCUGAGCGAUGGGGCAGAGGAGGACGGUGGCAUAGCGCCGAGCACGCACCGUGCGGAGCGGACGAACGCCCGCCAUAGAGACCCAUGGUCAGCCCUUGCCGAGAACCAUAAACGACGCAAAAAACCCGCGUCAACAUCGGUACCGGUGAAGGGCACAGCGACAUCUGCUGCCGCCUUCACCGCCACCAUCUCCUUGCGCAAAUCUGUUGAUAAGGCUGUUACUCGUAAGAGUGCGAGGCCGCUGCCACCGCUUUUCACCGGAGAAACCGAUCCGGAUUUUUCCUCCAAAAAGAAACCGGCGUGGUGGAAAGGGAGGUCGGCUGAGCGGGUGGCAAAGCCUAUUGACUCGGAUGACGAUCCGGAUGUUUGCAUCGUGGAGAACGCGGCGGAGGGCGAUGACGUCGGGGCAAACAGCAGAAGUUUGCCGGACGAGGAAGAGCAGAGCCCAGGAGGGAGCGGUCUUCGUCGGGAAGGGAUGGGCACCGAAGGAGUUGUUGGCAGCGCUACCCAUCCGUGCGGCACGCCGUGGCUCGCAAUGAAUUUGGAGUUGAGCAACGGGGCCAUAGAGUGCGGGUGCAAGAGUGAUAUGGAUGAGUCUGCCUUAUCUGAUCUGUUUUACUGGUACUCGAGAGACCCUAAGGAAAAUGCGUUUCCCAACAGCCAGAGGAUUGAUGCAGAGGCUUCGAUGGAAGUGGACGGCGGUUGCACUCCGGACAACGUCGUAGCCAUGGCAAGGAUGGUCAAGGAAUUUCUGUCUCAUCCUGUACCGUCCAGUGACUUCUCUUUCCUCGAUGACAUCCAGCAGAUCCCCUUUCAUGGAAUGCUUUUCCAGAUGCAUUGGCAACAAAUACGUAAUCAGAGUUCAGACAGAGUGCCUUCGUUUACCGCCCCAUGUCUCUCCGGCCCGACAAGUAUGUGUACAAAUGAGAAGGAAAAGGCUAGGCCCCCGGGUAUAUCAUCCACAAUUGAUGAGCUUGAGCCACCGUCAUACGACAAUCACGAUCAUCGCAGAACAGUUAACAACAACAACGGAGCGGACAGAUUGUACUUGCACAAUGAUGAGCGACGACGUACUUUCUCACCAGGGCAGCAAAAUCGCUCCAUUGCCCAAACCCGCCACUGUGGGGCCACAGAAUUCUCAUUCAAAACUCCCACAACCCCGAGCGCCUUUCUCGAUAGCAAUGAUGACAUGAGCGUCGCCCUGUUUGACGAGGAGGACGACCUGCUGCUGCAGGUGGACCUCUCCAUGCUGGAACGGGAGGAGCAGGGCGGGCAGCAGCAGCAGUGCCUAACACCACCCAGGCCUGAGCCAGAGGUGGUGUCGAGCGACACACCAUCAGCGCGGGUGCCGCGGGAACUAACGCCUUCUCGCCACGGGAAAAACGUGGCCUCCAUCAUCGCUGCAACACCGUCGCUGUCGCCACACGCACCUCUUCCACACGCAAGUGCCCCGCUCACGGGCGAGGUCUCAUCGCUGGGAGACUCUAUGGCUGACUACUCGGCCGAGCUGUUCUCGGUCAACUUUGACCUUGAGUUUGACCUUAAUCAGUUGGACGAUGACGACGCUAAAGAAGUUGUCAGUGGCGGUCACCAAAAUUCCCCCAUCGCCCAGCUCCGACCGCAGGAAACUAACGAGGCCGUCGCUCCCAUCACCUUCAAUCUGAGCUUCAAGGAUUUGGAUUUUGAUGAGGACUUCGCUCUCCCACCGGCGGCAGUGAAGCGCGACACUUCCCCAGUGAUUAUCGACGAUUUUACGCUGCCGGCUGAUGAUGAAUUUGACGAUUUGGAAGAGCCGAUCGUCACCCACAUAGCCGGUAACGUCGUGCCACCUCGUACUCCGGCCAUCGCUGCUCUGGCGGGGCCUUCGAGUAUCUCCUUAAUCAACCUGACGGUGCCUACUGAGUCUUCAACGCCUCUGUUGGCGACGUCACGUGACCUCCGAAGACCUGCACAGGACCCAGGGAACAGAGCGGUUGCCGUGUGUUUGGACGACAGCGAGGGCGAGUUGAUGAACCACCGUCUGAGGAGGCGUCCAAAUGUGCAGCUCCUGCUGGACACCCCGGACGCCCGUGGCCCAGCAAGGACCCCUCCGAGAGAAGUCGCUGCCAUUGUCGCGGGAGAUGGGAGCGACUUGGAUUCGCCGAUGAUCCGCCCGAAGAGGAGAGUGAACAAGCCUCUCUCGUUCCUCGAGGAGAGCUUGCAGCAGAGUUCACCGAAGGUGGCGACGUUCAGCGUGGCUCCGCGCGACUGUCGUUUGGAUGACGACGAUAACGACGACGAUUUCCAGAUCCAGGGAAAGGUCGUGAGGGUCGCCCGUGAGAAGUUGAAGGCUCAGAAGUCCUCGUCGUUAUCCAGUAGGAAACCCAAGAAGGGCUCUGGUCGACAAUUCCUGGACGAGGAGGCGGAGUUGUCGGAGGAGGGAGCCAGCUCUGUAUCGUCGGACGAGCGGAGCGAUGCGGAGGGGAGCGAUUCCUCCAUGCGCGAAUUCAUCAACGACGCGUCCACUUUCACACAGGGCAUGGCGCUCAACGAGUCGGCGAUGCACGGCGUGUAUCUCAAGUCGGUGCAGAGCCCCACGGUACAGGCCGCACGGUACAAGUUGUCCUACAAGCCGUUCCAAGACAUCUUCUCUCAGGUGCACGAGCAAGAGGAGUCGUACUUGGAGGACAGCUUCUGCGUGAGCAAUGACGUCGACGAGGAGGAGGCCCCCUGCCUAAGUGACAAGGACGACACCCAGGACCUUGGAUUGACGACCGCCGGUCCCGGUGCCCGUCCCAACGAGGAGGAGGAAGAGGAGGGCGAAAGCAGCUUUGUGGACGGCAAGCGGCGGCUUUACCGGACACGGCGCCAGAAGCAGCUGGACCUCCUGGCACCGCGCCGGGAAUGCGGGGAUCGAUUUAACGGUGCUGGCGCUCCAAAGCGGCGUCGGAUCCUCGUACAAGAAAAUUCCUCAAGCGACGAGGACGACAAAGCGGACCACGUCACCGAACGGCUGCUCGGAGCGGUGCAGGGACCGGAUGAAUGGAACGACAACACCAGGGACACACGGCAAGGAGAGGACAGUGAAACCUGUCUCAAGAGGCCACCAGCCCAGGUAGGCACGAGUUGCCGGCGACGGGAAAGCGCUGCGUCACGCGCCGAGUUGUCGUUGGCGGAGCGCUGCAGGAUCAGGCUGCAGGCCCGAGCGGAGGUGUCGGAUGCAAUCGACUUUGAGACGGCACCACGCAACAGCAGGGACAGCACAAACACUCACAAUUGCAGCAAAUUCGACGUUUCAUUUCAGCGCCCGAGCUGCCAUUCACGACCUGGCACGUUGAGAGCGAGUUUGGAAAUGACAGACGUGACGAACGUUCAAACGCCAGUGCGACGGGACGCCCAGGAUCGUAGCAUGUUGAACUUUGACUCCCGACUCAGCUCGGUGACGAAUGACGCGCAGCAUCGGCAAGCGUGCUCCACUGUCAAGACUGGUGCACCAGGGAAGACUGCACCCAAGCCGGCUAUGACAGCUUCUUCGGUGGCGACGCCCGUGGAUCAGCAAGAUGAGCUACUGAUUCUGGUGGGAAGCCACGAGGUAGCGUCGACAGGUCAGGAGGUGGUGACGUUCCUGCGACAGCGUCUGGGCGUGCACGCCGCGGUGCUGCAGGGCGUCGGCGGGGACUACGUGGUGAGCCGCCGCAUGGCCGUGAAGCGCGCCGCCACGGGAGAGCUGGCGGGGCCAGCCGGGAGGUCGCGUGUGGCGGCGCGCGUCCGGGCCCUGCAGGAGCGCUUCGAGCGCGUGUGCGUCAUCGCUGAGAGAGAGCGCCCCAAGCCCGGCGAGAUAGGAGCGGGCGCGUCGUCGGCAUCGCGCCCGCAGGUGCGCACGCGCUGCCUGGACGCGGCCCUGGCUGGACUGGCCGCGGCAGACGUGCAGGUUCUGUUCAGCUCGGGCCCCAUCGCCACGGCGACGCUGCUGCAGCGGCUGGCGCUCGCUGAGCAACGCAAGGGCGUCGGCGUGGUUGGGCCUGCGGAGCCGCACCCGCACGAGCGAGCAGCCUUCGCCUUCUACUGCGGCCUCCCCGGCGUGUCGUACGUGACGGCGCUGGGCCUGUGCAGAGGCUUCCGCAGCGUGCAGCACGCACUCGCGAGCUCGGCGAGCGAGCUCCGCGCCAGGGUGGGGAUGAGCGACGCACGCGCUGAACGCCUCCACCAGUUCCUGCGCUAUCCGUUUGACCCCAUCAUGCUGCCCGUCCCGCCGCCACCUUAGCAUGACCCCCACUCCGCAUGGACGAUCUCAGACCCCGCAAGCCGCUCUUUCCACAAACGUGAAAAGGCCUGUGUAACCCCCGAGUGCGUAGUUUAAGAUGAUUAUGCUUACAAUGCACACAAGAGGUGGAGUGGCAGCAGUGGUUAGCGCCACCACGCUUUGAAUUCGGUGACCGGAGUUUUAUCCGCUGUCAUGGUUAACAUCAGUGGCGUUCUGUGUCCCUCUCGCAUCAGCAACCCGCACUGACCAGUGUGGUGAAGUAUGGUCAAACAAAUCCCAUGACCGACACAGCAUGAGGACUUUAUCCAGGACUUGACGUAAGGUGUACAUGCGUUGAAUUGCAUGUAGGAUGUUGAGCGGUUAUUUGCAAUUCAUUUAUUUCACAAUAGAUAAAGGCUCAGCAACCAAAAUUCCAAGUCAUUUUUUUCAAAUUCGGUAAAAAAUAUUUCCAGAGCUGCAGGUUGCCAACCCCAGCAAUAGAUCCAUUCCACUGUCUUGUUUUGCACCCCAAGAUCAAAAAGAAUAACUGAUUAAAAAAUAAAUCUUGAACUUUAGUUCGAACGUUUCAAUAAUUUGUGAAUGGUAAAACCGUUAAAUUCCAAAUAUCCAUUACAAUCCAAAAAAAUGAUACUUUUCCUUAUUUGCCUGAGAAUCUACAAAAGAAUGUCUAACAGUUGUAAACAGAAUAUAUAUACUUUUGGAGAAAUAAAUAUGGGCCGUGUGUGUGUGCAAUCGGUUGUGGAGAUGAAGGGUUUGGGCAGGUCCCAGAACCCACAAGGGUGACCACCACGUCCACACUGGGCGAUUGGAUUAAAAACGAUAUCAAGCUUACUCCUAGCGAGUACAGCGAUGUUCACAGAACGUUAUCCCUGGCUGUUUGACAUUCUCAACAAACAAUAAGACUACAACUUGCAUUAAGUAAAUUGAAUGUUCAGCAUCUUCACAUGCAAUACAAAUCGAAAUUUUAUAAAUAACGUGUAACAUAGUUAAUUGUAACAAAAAAAUUAAGAUUUUUUAAUGAAUAUACAUCAGUUCAGAGCUCCCGAGUUUCUAAAUAACCUGCUCUGCUCAGCCCGACUGUAGCCACUGCCUCGUGCAGCCACUUGGAACACAAUCGUUGCGUUUUGGGUGAUGUGUUGCCAGAGACCACAGGCAACCUAUGAUUUGGCUACUAGGAUCCCAUUUGCUGUUGCAUUUCUUUUAAGUUCCACUGCCAAGGCACUAUGAAUGAAUGGGCCCCAUCGUUUUUUUUACACCAGCAGCUUGAAAGCCACAAUGUUGCGUAACAAAGUGCCUGUAAACGAUGUUGCUCAGUUUGGCUCCUUCCCGAAAGGAGUCUUUUUUUUACACCACUGGUUAUCACAUUGUGAAAGUCUGAUUAAUUUUGAUGUCAUUGCGAAAUUAAUAUAUUUAAAUCUGAGAAUCAGUGACCCUUGGCAAGGGUGAUGCCUAAAGCUUUAAAUGAAAGUGAACAGUUCUCAUGCAGACCUAAUAUCAAGCUAACUUAUUUGAAAUGAAAAGUGAAUCCUUGUGUUCAGCGUGAUAUAUGUUACAGAAAGCAUCUGCAACAAGAUAAUGCUGUGCUUUUUAUUUAAUUUGUAAUGUGUCAUGGUAAUGAUAAAUAAAAAAAAUGCUUCAAGUA